UUCACAUGGUUUACGAUAUGAUUUUAUUGUCAAGACGGUAGGUUUUGUCGAAAAAAUGUAUAUAACAAAUUGAAACACUUUGUACAAAAUAUGCCGUUCGCAUCGCAAAGUGAAUAGGCGAGCCCUGUAUCUUUGAUCGCUGAUUUUUGGUCUGGCUGCUCAUGGAGAAGGGGUAAGAGUUCAUGCGUGAUGCGAUUAGAAGAGGGGAGAGGUUGACGAAGCCAAUCGGCUUCGUUCUAUUCACUGUGUGAUUGUUGAUCGAAAUCUCUUCUCCGCCAAUAACCGUUGCAAUACAAUUUUACCAGCUUUAAAUUAGUACAUACUGUUUUUAAAGUUUUGGUGAUUUUCUUUGAGAAAGCCAGAAGAUGUCCGAUUCGAAACGUUCUCGUGAUACUGGAAAUUUUUACCGAAAGGCUAGAAAAUAUGAGCAAUAUAUAAUGGCACCACAGCAUCAAGACGCUGCAGAACCAGCUCCAGGCCCAUCCCGUGCUUCAUUUGAGACUCCAGUCCCAAGUGUUACCGCUGAGAUGGAAAGUUAUGUGCAGGAGGAUAAUGUUGCCCCGGAUUUUUCUAAUGUGGAAAAUGAGGAACCAAUUGUUCGUGAUUAUCUUUUCGACGACGAUGACGAUGAUGAUGCAGAAGAUGUUCGACCGAUAGAAGGAAUGUCGAUCACAGAUGGCAUCCGUUACUGGGCGUUAUCCACAAAUGCCUCGUACCGCUCGAUCAAUAUGGUACUUAAACUUUUUCAACAAGCUCACGUUAAAGUUCCAUCAACCGCUAAGACGUUGCUGAAAACGGAUCGCAGUAGCUCGACGCAGAUAGCGGAAAUUGGCGGUGGACACUUUUGGUAUCGCGGGAUAAAACGAUGCCUACAAAACUAUUUUCGUACUGAGAAAUCACCUGCCACCCAGCUAUCCCUAACCAUAUCGAUCGAUGGUCUGCCUUUACAUACAAAUAGCAGCAUGCAGUUCUGGCCAAUCUUGUUUUCUAUUCAUGAGCUGCCCCAAGCACCGGUUAUGACUGCUGGCAUCUUCUGUGGAACGACAAAACCCGAAUCUGCAGAAGAAUAUCUUCGUCCAAUGGUGGUCGAAAUGAAUGAUUUGAUGCAGCGUGGCAUAAUCGUUCAUGGAUGUCAUGUCGCCAUAAGACUGCGCGCAAUCGUAGCAGACACUCCUGCGAGGGCAUUCAUCAAAGGAGUCAAGGGACACACCGGAUACGACAGCUGCUUGAAAUGUACCGUCGUCGGCAAAUACAGUCAGGCAGGACGUACAAUGACAUUUCCUGGUACAAACGCUCCGCAACGAACGGAUAAGUGUUUUAGGGACAAUGCAUACCCUGGACAUCGCAAGACGGAAACGCCGUUGGUGGAUUUGCGGUUCUUCAACAUCAUCAAGGACAUACCAACAGGAGAUCGACUACACUGUGUGGAUCAAGGUGUCGGCAAGCACUAUAUUUUAGGCUUUCGGGAUGGAACGUUGAGAAAGCAACGCUGGACGACAAAACAAUGUGUUCAAAUAUCAAACCAUAUUGAACAGAUUAAGUUGCCGACAGAAAUUCAUCGCAAAAUACGUCCUAUCAAGCAGGCACAUUUUUGGAAAGCGUCGGAGAGCGCGUCUUUUCUUCAUUAUGCUGGGUUCGUAGUGCUGAAACCCCAUCUUACUGAUUGUGAGUACAGACAUUACUUACUGCUGUUUUGUGCUGUGACAUUGCUGUCCUCUUCAGUUUAUAAGGAGAAGUGGCGUUUUGCUGGCCAAUUAUUAAACAAAUUCGUUGAGGACUUUGCAAGUGUGUAUGGUGAACAACAUAUAAGCAGUAAUGUGCACAUAUUGCAACAUUUGUAUGAGGAGGUGGAGCGAUUUGGACCUUUAGCAUCCUUUUCCACCUACCCAUUUGAAAAUCAGUUGAAAUGUUUAAAAAAAUUAUUACGUAGUGGAUGGAAGGAGCUAGAACAGGCAAUCAACCGACUUAUGGAAUAUGAGGAGUAUUAUAUAGGAAACCCUUACACAGCAUCAAAGCCCUCUAUUUCCAAACGAGGGAAUAUAAUAACAUUUAACCUCCAGAAAGAUUGUGUGCUUCAAAAUAACGAGAAGAAUUGUUGGUAUAUGAGCAAGGAUAACAGUAUAUACCAAUUUCAAACAGUUAAUGGCCAAAUGGAAGAUGGCAAUGUGCGCAUUUGCGGGCGUAGGUUGAAUGAAAAAAACUUGGCUUUUGAUUAUCCUUGUGAGUCAAGUAUUUUAAACGCUUACAAAGGAUCCAUUAAAAAUUUAGAUAAGUCGUUUGUGUAUAUAUGCCCGGGGCAAGUUAAAUGUAAAUUAGUUGCUAUACCAAGCAUUCGCGAUGAAAUUAUUUUUAUUCCUCUGCUGCAUACACUUGUGGAAUAAAUUCAGUAAAAAACAAUGUAAAGGAAGUUAUAACUGUUCGUUAUUUAGUACACUUAUUUAGCUGGAAAAAGAAGGUAAUUGAACCUUAAAAAAUAUGCGAAUAUGACAAAGUAUUGUUGUUCAGCGAAUACCAGAUAAUCGAAGCGGACUAACGAAAUGUAAAAUGCAGUAUCAAGAGGGAUUAAUAAAUUUAAUCAGGUUGUACAUCCAAA